AUAAAAUCAUGUUUGAUUUGUUAAUCUCGAACAUUUUCUGGAUAUCCGAGAUUUAUUAUUCGUUAAUCUUUGGAUAUGGGAGGAUUAAUAAAGUACUAAAACUUGUGUUGUAAGGAUUAGAGUGGAAUAAGGAUGAAUUCUCGCACACAAAGAUCAGGUGAACAGCAUUGGCGGAAAGUAUUGAGGGUUCAACAGAUUAAAACAACAACAAGGAAUGGAUGUGUGUGUAAUCGCGAUUCCAACUCGUCUUUGAUCUAUGGAGAACCAUCUUCUUCUCAAGUGAGAAAUGUCGGACUAUUUUCCAGAUUAUCUUCAAGAAUUCGGAAUUUCUUACAUACUCGAAGAAAGUACGAGAUCACUGACUCUACGGAAUUGUCGUCGGACAAACCGGUCAUUGCGACCGCCAAAGUUAAGCCUUUCCAGUUGAAUCAUCGAAAAAAGUUUAAUUUCCGACAUCGGGGACCACAUUGUGAAAGGCCUUGUCAAGAAAAACUUCGGUUAAAACGAUCUAAUGUCGAAGACCGUGUGAAAAUAGAAAUAACGGCAGACGACAUUAAUGGAAUUAAAGAGCAUGAUUGCCAUGACAACAAUACAUCACGCUCUACGAACCCGAUCAGCUGUACCCGGUCAAGGGAUUUAUACGCCAUCAACAAGCAAAAAUCCUCCAUGAAUUUGACCCUGUUUAACCACACUGGUACCAUUCCAACACAGCGAAUGCAUGGAACAUUUCAGCAUGACCGAAUAUCACCCGUGUUGGGAGAAAAAGAAGCCAUAAGUUUAGAUUUAGGCAUACAUAUUCAAGAGAAGAAAAAGUUGUCUCCCCUCAGGGUUCCUACCACGACCGGGUUGUCCCCGAAGCACCCUCUUGUUAUGACAACGAGCUGUCCCCCUAAAGCCAGCCCGGUCGCGACUCAAGGCGAGGGAUUCGGUGGAUUUCAACGACUUCUAAAGACUUGGCCUAUACCCGGAAUGAAAAUAUCAAAUGAAGAUAAUCUGGACGAGGAAGAACAAACAGAAUGCCUAACAUUUAUUGACAGGCUGAUAUUACAAGGAAGAACAUCAUUGGCUGAUUUUUCAAUACCAUUUAAAACUGUCGAGUUAGCCGAGUGUUUAAAAGAAGGGCGAAGAUGUAAAAUAUACAAGGGACGAUGGCAUGGUGACGUCACAGUGCACCUGUUCAGUGGAAGAGAUGACGUAACUGAUACAUUUUGGAUGAAUUUAACGAAAUUAUGUAGGAUUCGUCAUGAAAAUAUCAUACUUUUUAUGGCAGCGUGCACGGAACCGCCCGACCUGGCUGUAAUAACGAGUUUUCAUCGAGGGACGUCGUUAUAUGAACAUAUCCAUGUGAAACAUGAGAAAAUCUCCAUGUACAGUAAAGUACAGAUGUUACGACAGAUAGCAUUAGGCAUGGGUUAUCUCCACGCUAAAGGCAUCGUGCUGCGGCGACUUAAUACACACAACGUUUUUCUGUGUCCAAGAGUUAAACUCAGUGCCAUGGAUUGGGGAAUAGCUGAAUCUGUCCACGACAGGUCUAACUAUGCAGUGAUACCACACCAUCAGUUGACGUACGUUGCACCGGAAAUACUGGCUUCCGCAUGCGUUAAACCACCACGACUGGUUACCAUGGCCACGACAUACUCCAAAGAAACCGAUAUUUUUGCAUUUGGAACUGUUAUGUAUGAAAUAUUUGCUGGUCAAUACCCGUUUGAGGAUGUUGACCCCAUGACCCUGAUAUGGCAGGUGUGCGGUGGCAGACGACAACAAUUAGAUAGUAUACGAUGUACAACACCCUUAAAGAAAUUAAUGAACGGUUGUUGGUGCCAAGAACCAUUCCACAGGCCAGAAUUUUCUGAACUCAGCAAACAAUUGUUGAAAAAUUUCCCACUUCAUAAACGCCACAGCUCCUCGGAACCGGAAAGAUUACAUACACUGGGAAAGAAACACUUAUAAAAAGUGCAACGCUUAUUCUGAUUGGUGGAUAUUUUGCGUGGGACCAGAGAGCUUAAAUUCUGUUUUUCUUUCAUAAAACCAGUUAGAUCAAACUUGAUCGUCGUUAUACAUUCGGGGACGUAAUUAUUGUGAUAAACGAUUUUAAUCCAAUACCAACGAAUCCCAGUUGCCAUUCUAAAAACAGGAAGCGUUAAGCUUUAGCUUUUUGAAAGAUAAAGACGCCACCUGUGGU